UACAUAUUUUUGAUAUUGGGAUAACAAAACAAACGUAUUAUGCGUUAUGUUUGACGAAUGAAGCUAUAAAAUAAUAUUACUUGCCUCUGACAGCUCUUGGUGAUUCGCAAGGAUAAAAGUGUAGAUAAUUUGCGUGAUGUCGUGCUCGACAUGCUCUGCCAAGUUUGGCUUCUUGAAAAAAGAGUUGGGCUGCCCUGGCUGUGGUUUCUCCUGCUGCAGCAAAUGCUUGAAGUUUGAAAUUGACGGCGUGACUUCACAUGUCUGCAAGAAUUGCCAUGACAAGUCGCAAAAGAAAGGACAAUUUCGUCCACCGCCGGACGCGUUUCUGAAGCGUCUUGCGCGUCUUGAAACUCUUGAGGACCCGAGCCGACCUCCAGUCACGAUUUAUGCCCAUCAAACACCGCCCGCGCUGCAAAACUUGACCCAAGCCACCAAAAAUGAUGACGUUCCGUCCGAAAUUGAACUGCGAGGCCGUCUGCAGAAGCUGAGGAAGAGACUGACAGCGGCCCCGUCGGUGGAGGAAAUCGAAGUGCGCCUCGCUAGACUGCAGGGCAUGCAUCACAAUCCUAAACACCACUCAUUCGAUGUGUCGUCAAUGACAAAGAAGAGUGACGAGGAGCAGACCAGAGAUUUGGUCAAGCAGAUGGAGGAAGAGGCUGCUUUGAGGAAGAGCUAUGAGUCGGCCUGGCAAGCUGAUGUUGAGGCUCGCUUGGCUAAAUUGAAGGGAGAGGCUGCCGCUGCUGCCGAGGGACAGGCUGGUCCUUCAGAGGAAGCACCGAAAGAUCCAGAAUCACUCCUCAAGCAAAUUUGCUCUGAAGCUGGAAAAGGAGGCACUGAUAAAAUGGAAGUCGACGAUGAAGAGUCUGAAAUUGACAUUAUCAACAAGGUUGUUGCCGAGAUUGCUCUGGACGAAAAAUAUCUAAUUGAAGACUUAGACGCUUCUGAUGAUGAACUUGUCAGCGAUUCAGUCACGGAGGAACUGCCCUGGUGCACCAUUUGCAAUGAAGACGCCACCCUGCGUUGUCCGGGCUGUGCUGGAGAUUUGUUCUGCAAAGAGUGCUUCAAGAAAUGCCACGAUGUUUGCGACAUGCGCGAACACCAGCCAGUCAAAUACAAGCCUCCUAGUGUUGAAGACCUCAUUUGAGAUGGUUACAGAGAUCAAUUAAAUAAUUAUUAUGCUUGUACGGUAUUCAAUUCUUUUGUGAUGCUUGAUGGAUUGCACCAUGGAAGCUUAUAUAAAAGGCUGUCUAAGUUUUAUCUUUUGAAAUUUAAAAUUGCUUACAAUAAUUUAUUAUUUUAAUGCAGUGGUAUUUUACGUAUUUUAUAAAUGUUCAAUCUCACAAUCUACUUCAUUAUGUUAUAUCAAAUUUGCUAUUUUAUUAUAUAUGUAUGUGAAACAAGACACAAAGAUGCCUUUUCAGUUGUAUUUCACAGUAAUAAUAUAAUUGUUAAAAUGUG